GCUUGCGAUAAGAUUUGGGAGUUCUUCAAACUCCACGAUCUCCUUUCUUCCUCAAUUCUAUCAAACUCAUCUCUGUCGAUCCUUAAAGUUUUUUUUGUCUUGGAUCAUCACUCAGCUCUGAUUCUGAUUCUUCCCACAAUUUGUGUUCUUUUAUUUUCUUCUUCUUCUUCCUUGAAUUCGUCAAAAAAGGGGCGAUUUUUUGCAGUCCCUGUUUUGAGUCCCCUGUUUUGGUUUUCGGUUUUUUUCUUGAUCUAAAAAUGGAAGGAAUUGACGGAAACGCCCUCCCGUUCGCCGCCGGGAGCAAUUCUCCGAUCGGCGUUUCGCUGUCGGAAUUAAUUUUGAGCAGCAAUUUGUCGACCAUAGAUUCGAUUUUCUCCCAAUCGGAGCAGAGUUCGGCGAUCAACACUGUGUCGGAGCCUCUGGGAUCUUCGGUGUACCUGCGACACAGAGAAUUGCUGCAGAAAUUCUCCGACGAGAACCGGGCGGUCCACUCGGUUUCGACGGCGGCGAACCCGGUCCGGAAGCCGGGGCAUUUCCCGGCGUAUCUUCUGGCGAGCAAGAAGAAGCUGUACCGCGGCGUACGGCAGCGGCAGUGGGGCAAGUGGGUGGCGGAGAUUCGGCUGCCGCAGAACCGGACGCGCGUGUGGCUAGGAACCUACGACUCCGCCGAGGCAGCCGCCUACGCCUACGACAGGGCGGCGUACAAGCUCCGGGGAGAAUACGCCCGCCUGAAUUUCCCGAACCUCCGAGACCCGACCCGGAUUGGGCUCGGGGACGGGUCGCGGGUCGAGACGCUGAAGAAUGCUGUGGACGCGAAGAUCCAGGCGAUAUGCCAGAAGGUCCGGCGGGAGAAGCAAGCCCGACGCGCCGCCAGGAAGGCGGCGGCGGCGGAUAUGAAAGAAAAUACGAGUUCCGACGCGGCGGCGACGGUGGAGAAGAACAGUACGACCGAUUCGUGCGAAUCGAGCCGGAGCGCGAGCGACGACGGGUUUUGGUGGGGCGGAGAGUCGCCGGGAUCGGUGUCGUACGAGUGGAGCUCGACGGCGGCGCCGCUGGGGGAGGUGGGAAUAGAGGAGUGUUCUCUGGCGCGGCUGCCGUCGUUCGACCCGGAAUUGAUUUGGGAAGUUCUUGCUAACUGAGUCGGGUCUAAUUUAGGGAUUAAGCAAGACUAGACAGACAUGUUUUGGAUAAUUAGCUGUCGUUUCGUGUGUAAAAAUUCUUGGUUUCCAGAUAAUUAAUGAACUUUUAAUUGUGGUUUGAUUUU